AUGGCCUUCCAUACUGAAACUCAAUUUAGAGCACCAGUCGGAGGCUGCAAGCCGACUUGCGAGUCUGCUCUCCGUGCUCUCCCUGAUGAUCUCUCUGCUGACCCCUGCGACAACUACACUGUUCUGGAUGAUCCAAGAAGAGCAACCAGCUAUAAUUCCUCCACCUCCAUGUGUGACAACUCUGUCAGUUGGGUUGGCUGGUAUCGGCUUUACCUUAAUGGCCAGAGUGUUCGAAUGCCAGAAUCAUGUGUUCUGAACUUGAGGUGUGGUACUAAUACUGCACUGUGGCUAAGAGGAGGACACCCAAAACCGGAGGAUGGAGUAGUCACCAGAGAUGUUUGUGGUUACUCUUCCUAUUACUGCUGCUAUUUACAGUCAUAUCCCAUUAGAGUCAAAGCCUGCACAGGUGGUUAUUAUGUCUAUGAGUUUGUUACACCAACUAGAUCCAAUAGUGCAUACUGUGCAGAUGUUAGCAGUGUUAACUCCAUCAACACAACAAUCAUUUUAACAGACCCCUGCAACAACUACACUGUGCUGAACGAUUCAAGAAGAUCCACCAACUACUAUUCUUCCUCCUCCAUGUGUGACACCUCUGUCAGUUGGGUCGGCUGGUAUCGACUUUACCUUAAUGGCCGGAGCACUCGAAUGCCAGAAUCAUGUGUUACAAUGAAUAGAUGUGGGACUAAUGUCCCACUGUGGUUAAGUGGUGGACACCCAAAACCUGAGGAUGGAGUGGUCACCAGAGAUGUUUGUGGUCACUGGAACAAUGAAUGCUGCUAUUAUGAGUCAUAUCCCAUUAGGGUGAAAGCCUGCACAGGUGGUUAUUAUGUCUAUGAGUUUGUUAGACCAACUUACAACUGCUCUGCAUAUUGUGCAGAAAAUCUCUCUGCUGACCCCUGCAACAACUACACUGUGCUGGACAAUUCAAUCAGAGCCACCAACUAUUAUUCCUCCCCCUCUAUGUGUGACAGAGGUGUCAGCUGGGUCGGCUGGUAUCGGCUUUACCUUAAUGGCCAGGGUGUUCGAAUGCCAGAAACAUGUGUUAAAACAAGAACAUGUAGAACUGAUAUACCACUGUGGCUAAGUGGAGGGCAUCCACAACCUGAGGAUGGAGUGGUCACCAGAUAUGUUUGUGGUUAUUCAAGCGGUUACUGCUGCUAUUAUGAGUCAUAUCCCAUUAGAGUCAAAGCCUGCACAGGUGGUUAUUAUGUAUAUGAGUUUGUUAGGCCAACUGUAUGCAAUUCUGCAUACUGUGCAGGUAAUUUCUUUAUGUCUGUAAUUCUUGUGUUCCAAUUCUUGUGAUUGUUGUGUCUAUGUUCAUUAAUUUCAUUUAAUCAAUCACUUUCAGAUGUUGACAGCAUAAACAAAAGCUACAUAAUUGUCAAACCAGCGAUCACCACAUCUGGUAA